CAUCCUCCUCACUGUCCCUCCUCCUCACUACCAUCCCUAUCCUCCUUCGCAUCUACAUCUGCAUCUUCAUCAACCCCCCUCUUCUACUCUCUCUUUCUCUCGCUCUUCUCGCUCUCUCUCGCGCUCUCUCUCUCUCUCGCUCCCUCUUCCUCUCCCUCUCUUGUCUUUUAUAUUUCAUACCACCCUUGUUCAGUAUUUAUUUUCAUCUUUUUUGUUGGUUGAAGACGGGACAAAUAUCAGACAAUGGAGGACAGCGCAGUGGCAAAAGUGUUGAACGAGGGCCAGGGCGCCAACCGUUACAAAUACCAAAGUUUCAAUGCCCGUGUCAAUCAACUUAAGAUCAAGAUCACCCGCCAAGUCGGCUUGAAGGAGAGCGGAACCGUUGUAACUGGAUCCUUCUUUAACGACUCACUCGAGGAAUGGAAAGAGUUGAAUCUGUCAGCACCAUUUGUGCGCUUUGGACUGGAUGUUAGGAACUACUGUCAAUCACUACCACAGCUGCUGUAUCAUAAAGAGCAGGUCGUGGACUUAUUGAUCAAACACUUGGAUGAGGCGAAUGUGCUGGCCUUGGAACCUAUCCUUGAUCUGACCACGCAGCUCACAAAGGAUCUGGAUCAAGAGCUCUUCCCUUAUUUUGACCGCAUCUUGGAAGCAAUUCUUCCACUGGUUGAGUUCCGUGAUGUCCAGGUUAUUGAGUGGGCAUUUAACUGCAUAGCGUCGUUGUUCAAGAAGUACUCUGAACAGUUGAGGAAAGAUCUAUGCCCGACAUACAAACUUCUGGCGCCGUACCUCGGAGAGGACAACGCACAAAAACCAUAUAUUCGUAAUUUCGCCGCAGAAUCGUUCUCGUAUCUCAUUCGGAAAGCACCCACCGACCAUCUCAAAGUCAUUUUGGUCUAUAUCCUGGAACAGCUGCGCGAGUCACCAACGGAAACUUAUGUUGAAGGCGUUGCCAAACUCUUUUUCGAAACCAUCAAGCUGGUCGGCAAUCAGUUUCAGCAUCGCGGUGUGGAUGUCGUGCUGAGAGAGGUCAUUCGAGCACUGAAGCAGGAACAAGGGAUUGCGGCAACAGAGCGCGCUAUGAGCGAGAACACAACAUUUAGGGUGCUGUGUAAAACACUGGUGCUCAUGGUCCAUUAUUCUACUAAGGAACACUUCAAGGGUGUUUGCGAUAUGCUUUUGGCGGAGCUGGUCUCGAGCAUCGAUAUGGUGGCAACCCCAGAGAAUGCAGAGAGGCGAUGGCUCAAUAUUGCAGAGUCUUUGGCCUUGCUCAAUGUCUGCGUUUCCGUCAGAAAAGGGACCCGUGUUGAUGAUUUCGCCAGGAUCUACGAAAAAACUAUCAAGGUGUCAACCUUGGCUCUCGCACCCCAAUCUCAGGCGCCGUCAGUCGUUAUCCAGGAGAUGAUGAAGCUGUCAAGCUCACUACUAGCAUUUUCUCCACUCGAAAGCGUUCUCUUCCCUGGCGGCCUUUUGCUCGAUUCGAUCUACAAGCACGAGGACGUCUCAACUGUGCUGGCAUUCUCUAUCUCGCUUAUCAACAUGAAAUGGAGGCAUUACACCCAGAUUUUACUUCCGCAUAUCGUCAAGUACUGCGCGGCUCACUGGGGAGCUCAGCAUUCGUGCCAAAUCGUCGUAUUCUUGGCCACACUCUUGACAUCGGACCUGUUGGUAUUGACCCCAGGGAUGGUUGCGGCAACCGUUGACGAGAACGGACUCCUCAAAUUUCCUACCGGCAAAGCGCCUUCCACCAAAAUGAAGUCUGGCAGGGAGCUCAAGGACGGAUCGGAGCUCAUCGUGGAUGGUAUCAUUCGCCUUCUUUCAGAGCCAUGCGACUGGAAGGCAGAGGCGGAUCUUUUGAGCCGCGUAACUCUCGGAGACGAAGAGAGCAUCGCUACUCCACGCAUAGCCCUGGCGACAGCAGCGCUGUCGAUCGUGCCUCAUAUCUCCUCACCUUUUGCUGCCACCACGGAAGCCACCCUGAAACUCCUUCGCUCAUUACUAAAGGCUUUGUCUGAGGAGGAUCAAUCGGUCACUCUACAGAAGCGGGCAUUUGUCCAAGGAUCAGCCAUGGCGACUCUUCAUAUCCUUCUUGGAGAGACCAUGGAGAUUUUGGCCGUUGUUUGCGAGCGCGCAGGAGAUGUUGGUGCCAAGAUGCUUGCAGACUACUGGGACCUGGUGAUUAAGGAUGCACUGUUCAAUUAUGGCUCAAACGAAAUUGUUCUUCGUGGCGUUGCCAAAUAUUGCACUGUUCUCAAACAAAGCAAUAUCUCUAAUAAUCUCUUUAACACGGAGACUCUCCGAGGGCUGUACCCUAAGUUGGAAAAGAACAUCAAUUCUCUCCAACACAGACGUCGGCUUCACACGCUACAGAUCCUCUCUAGCUUUGAUGCGAUUCCCUAUGAAGACAAGGAUCCUCAGCAGAAGAUGCUUCCUCAGUACGACAUCUUCUUGCAGUGUCUUAUUAUCGAAGAUGUUGAGGUAACCGUGGAAACAUACCGAGAGAAGACCAUGCAGAUUCGCAAGCUCAACACUAUGAUAUCGUCUGGAAGGGUCAAUGAAUUUUACAAGACCGCUACAAUGCGUCUUUGUCUUGGUAUCUUGACCAUCAACUUUCAGCCUCUAUGGGCGGACGCCACCACACUCCUCAUUAAGACGGCCGAACUUCACCCUGAUGCCUUUUGGGAGCUGUUAUUUGGAGAGAUCAAGAAGUUCGAGGACGAGGCAUUGUUGAUCGAGAGCGGACUUUCAACCCAGGCGAUUGCAGAUUAUCAUGAGAUGCAGGACCGCCUUGGAUUCAGCGAACAAGUCAAGGAACCGAAGAAGAAGGGACUCAACUUUGACUGCCCCAACUUCAAGAGGGUUCGACGGUGUCAUGGCACGGCCUUUGAGUUGACAGAUUCAUCCAAGCAAGGAAUGGCUCUAGUCAUGCACUUUAUCAAGAUAUAUGCUCCAGGCGCCGAUAGACUCGAUUACUGGAAUUACUAUGGCUUGAUCUUAAAAGCCUUGACGGAGAUGCCUCAGAUCGCUGAGAUGCACAACCGCCAGUUGGUUCAGGUCUUCUUGAAGUUCAUCGAGGAUGAAUACGAACCAGUUUGGAAUCGCAAGGACGAGCGCGAUCAGGAUGAGGAUGACGAGGGCGAAGAGACAGGCGAGAAGAUGAAAGUGCUCCCCAAGACCACAAAGGACACCAAGAGCCGACUCCACCUGUUCCUUGCUCUGUUUGCCAAGUUCAAGAACCCCAAGCAGACGUAUGAGAGCAAUACUCUUCACGCCCUUUACCUUCGCCUUUUGAUGAUUGGAGAUGCUCCUCUUCAGACCUUGGCCCUCAACUGCUUGUUUACUUUCAAAUCACCUGCGCUGGUGCCAUACCAGGACAAUCUCAAGAAUUUGCUGGACGACGUCAAGUUCCGUGAUGAGCUGUCAACAUUCAUUAUCGCCGAGGGCGAAGGCUCCAGCAUUGGAGCAUUGCAUCGUGACGAAGUGAUGCCCGUUAUCAUCCGACUUCUCUAUGGCUGUAUGAUUGUCCGGAAAGGAAAGGGUUCCGCCAAGGCAGGCAUGGCUGCUCGUCGAAAGGCCGUGCUGACCGCUCUCGGAGGCUGCAGCAUCAAGGAGCUUGGCUUCUUUAUUUCCCUCAUGCUGAGCCCGUUUGAUAUCGGAACAGCUGGCGUUGUGAACGGCAAGUUUUUGUUCUCUCAGGACAAGGAUGCAGAGCGUAAUCCUCUCGGCCCUAUCCGGAAGCAGAUCGGCUUUUUGAAUAUUCUCGAGGACGUAAUCAAGAUGCUGGGCACGAUCAUUGCGCCAUUCAUCCCCCAGCUUUUGACCGCUGUUCUUUGCAUGGUCAGCCAGGCGCAGGAGAGGAUGGAUCUGGAUAUGGCUGACCAUUCCAUGUUGGGUGCGGAAGAAGGCGCGAUUGAGACCCUUCAGAUUAAGCAGCUCAAGGAUGUUCGCCAGUUCGGUAUCAAGCGUAUUACCAAGCUCUUCAGUCUACCUAUUUCGACAUUCGACUUUAUGCCGUAUGUUCCCGCCAUGUAUGAAUCAUUCUUGAAUAGACGCAUUAGUCGCUUGGAUACCGAGAGUACACAAGCACCGUCCGCGAUCAUGGAGCUCCUUGCUGCGUGGGCCAGUCGCAAGCAGUACUUGCUUUUCCUUGUCCGUUACAACAAUCAAGUCCUCGAGAAACUCUUCGGCUGUUUGUCAGCUAAGAAGGUCCGCGACUCGGUGAUUUCCAUGGUGCUCGAGAUUAUUGAGGAUAUCUUGAGCCAUUGCUACGAGGAGAAGGACGGAAUCGAGAAGCCGCUGACCGCACAAGUCCUGAUCCCCUAUACCGACUGUCUUCUUGACAAUCUCGAGAUUGUUCUCUCCAAGAGCAGCGGCGACGCACAGUUCGGCAAGGAUAUCUUUACCAAGAGAGAGAUCUCGAUCCUGUCCCAGAUUGCUACAUAUGUCACCAACAGCUAUCAGGCUGUCAAGUUGGUCGAUCUUUUACUUCCCAGUCUCAAGAAGAACCACAGGAUGGUCCCAGAGAAGACCAAGGCGGAUAUUCUCCGUAUCAUUGUCAACUUUUUGCCUAUUAUCCCGGAUAUGUCCCCAGAGAGCCCGCUCUUCGUCAAGUACUAUAACCAUCUGGUUGUUCUCUUUUCAACAUUGGCAGCAAGGGACUGUCGUGUGCUGUUAGUCGACAUUAUGGCCGAGUUCGCCAAGAUUGACUCUUCGCUCGAAUCGGUUUCCAAGCUGACCGCUGAGCUUAACGCGUUCUCAACCACUCGUAUUGACACACCGGAUUUCGAUCGCCGAAUGGACGCAUUCAAUCUGCUCACAAGUUCGCUCUAUGCAGAGUUGAACAGUCGCCAGUGGCUUCCCAUUCUCCACAAUAUGCUGUUCUACAUCCGCGACCCUGAGGAAAUGUCGAUACGUAGCAACUCGACCUUUGCCCUUCAAAAGUUCAUUGACCGGUGCACCGAAAUUCCUACCGACGAUUCUCAGUACGAGGCGUUUAUUGGCCUUUUGACGCACGUUAUCUAUCCAGGACUCAAGAAGGGCUUCAAGUCGCCGAUCGAGUUGGUUCGUUACGAGUUCGUUGCUGUCUUGGCGCAUGCUGUGAAGCGCUGUCCCGAUCAGCCCCAGUUUUCGGAUAUGACCCCUCUGUUGGCUGGAGGUGAUGAGGAAGCGUCGUUCUUCACCAACGUCUAUCACAUCCAGCUGCAUCGCCGUAUCCGUGCCUUGGCUCGCUUCUCGGAAGAAUGUGCCAAGGGAUCGUUCCGCGCCUCGACUCUGACACAGAUCUUUGCCCCGUUGGUUGCCCAUUUCAUCUUCGAGGCCGACAAGAGCACGGACCACAACUUGGUAAACGAGACCGUCUCGACUCUGGGUAUUAUUGCUUCGCAGUUGCCUUGGGGAUCAUACUAUGCGCUGCUGAAGAUCUAUCUGCGGCUCAUUCCUCGCAAGGCUGAGAUGGAGAAAAUUUUGGUCCGCGUCGUCAUUGCCAUUCUGGACGGUUUCCACUUUGAUAUCAAGGACGUCGAGGUCUCGGCCGAAGAUGCUGUUGCCAUUGUCCGUAAGAAGACCCGUACCCCUAAGCUCAAAAACGUGUCGCGCAAGAAGGAUGCCGAUGAGAACGACGAAAGACCAGACGAGGAGGGUAUCAAGUCUAGGAAGGGCGACGAAGAGGAUGAUGUCGAGAUGGACGAGGCUGCGCUACCAGAGAUUGCUAAGAAGACCGAGGGCCCCUCAGUAGAAGGGGAGGAGGAAGAAGGGCAGGAAGAAGACCAUCAAGACGCCGAGGACGCUGAAGAGGCCGAAGGAGACGAAGAGGCCGAAGGAGACGAAGAGGAUGCCAUGGAGCUCGAGCUGUCGCCUGAGGAGGCUUCUAAGGCUCUUGCAUUGAAAAUCCACGACACUGUUAUCAAGAAAUUGCUACCUGAGCUCCACCGUUACCUCACCAAUAAGGACGAAGCCAGUGUAAUGGUCCGUGUUCCUGUGGCCCUUGCUAUCACAAAGCUCCUCAAGGCGCUUCCUGACGUCUCCUUGCGUACAAAUCUCCCUGGUCUUUUGACAUCGGUCUGUCAGAUUCUCAAGAGUCGCCAACAGGAGGCCCGCGACAGCACCCGUGAUACCCUAAUCAAGAUCACGAUGUUCCUUGGCGCCAGCUACUUCAACUUUAUCCUGAAGGAGAUGAAAGGUGUUUUGCUUCGCGGUUACCAGCUCCAUGUGCUCGGCUUUACUCUCCAUGCGAUGUUGACGCACCUCAUUCCGACGCUGCAGGUCGGUGAACUGGAUUAUUGUCUUAAAGAGAUUGUCGACGUUUUGGUGAACGACAUUUUUGGAGAGACCGGUAUCGAGAAAGAGACUGAGGAAAUCACGGGCAAGAUGAAGGAAGCCAAGAGUAACUCCAGUUUCCACUCGUUCGAGCUCAUGGCCGGCAUUAUCGAGUUCAAGAAUAUGGGACUAAUUAUGAUCCCGCUAAAGGAGCUGCUAACGGAGACUGAGGCGAUCAAGGUUACGCGCAAGGUGGACGAGGUCAUGCGCCGAUUGGCAACGGGUCUUAACAACAAUCCUCGUUUCGAGACCAAGGAGAUGCUGAUUUUCUGCCACGGACUAAUCUCUCAGAACCUGGCGAUUUCCAAGACGAAGGAGGAGAUCAAGAAAGAAAAGUCGCGAAUGGAGAUCAACUACACUGUCAAUACGAGACGACCUACUCAGAUCACGACGGAUUGCUUCCCAGCCAAUGCGCACCGUUUUGUCGCCUUCGGUCUUGGCAUCUUUCGUGCAUCUUUGAGUCGCAACAAGUUUGAUGUGCGAUCGACUGAGCAGCUCGCACUCUUGGACCCCUUUGUGAGAAUUGUCGGAAACGGAGUGUUUGCCAAGCAUCCGGACGUGAUCCAGCAGUCGCUCAAGAUUAUGUGCAUCCUCGCCAAACUGAAGCUGCCCUCGCUCGAUGGUAACAUGCCUGUGGUGAUCAAGCAGACGUUCGUGCUGCUUAAGGCUCAGGGAUCGGCCAAGUCCGAACUUGCGCAGUCCUGCUUCAAGAUGCUGGCGGUUGCGAUCCGUGAGUGCAAAAAGGUGAUCGUCAAGGAGGAGCAGCUAACGAUGCUUCUGAACAUGAUCAAGCCCGAUCUGGAGGAACCUGAGCGCCAGACGACGACGUUCUCGUUGAUUCGUGCCAUUGUUUCACGUCAGUUUGUGGUUCCAGAGAUGUACGAUAUCAUGAUGAACAUUUCCGAGAUUAUGGUCACCUCCCAGUCACAGCAAGCUCGUGAGGAGUGUCGUCGAGCUUUGCUUCAGUUCUUGCUUGAUUACCCUCAGGGCCGCGGUCGUCUUCGUAACCAGAUGAACUUUUUGGUGAAGAACUUGGACUAUGUCUUUGAGAGCGGUCGACAAUCGGUAAUGGAGAUGAUGCACGUCAUUAUCCAGAAGUUUGCGGACGAAGUGCUGAUGGAUUAUGUGGAACUCUUCUUCUUGGCGUUGGUCAUGCAACUCGUCAACGAUAACUCGAGUAAGUGUCGCGAGAUGGCCGGCGCAUUGAUCAAGGAGCUCUUUCAGAGAAUGAACCGACAGAAAUUAGACAACAGCUAUGUGCUCCUCGGCAAAUGGUUCGAUCAGACGGAACAGCGUACUCUUCAGCGCGCAGCAUCACAGGUUUAUGGUCUUGCGAUCGAGGCCUUUGGACCGGCGUUCAAGAAGCAGAUUCCGACUCUGCUGCCCCGUUUGAAGUUUGCGCUCGAGUCCAGUCUGCAGAUCAUGGAGGAGGCUCAGGAACUGGCAGCUCUGGCGGACAAGUUUGAGGAGCAGGAACAGGAUGCCAUGGACUUGGAUGCGGAGUGGGAGGUUGGCUAUUAUGCUCUAAACACGUUCACGAAGCUAGUGAAGCAGUUUCCGACGGUGAUCAACUCUAGCGAGGUGACGACGUUGUGGCCGUUGAUUCGCGAGCACAUGCUGCAUCCUCACGCGUGGGUGCGUCUAUCGGCGACGCGUCUUUUCGGCGUCUUCUUUUCGGGCAUUGAUCCUGUCACUCGUUCGCCUAUUGAUAACAAGGCUGCGUCGGAUUUGGUCCUGCCGCCCGAGAUACUGAAGUCAGUUGCACAGAAACUGUGCGAGCAGUUGAAGAGUGAGUUCUUGUCCAAGGAUUUGGGUGGUCAGAUUGUGAAGAACUUGUUCUUUAUUGCAAAAUGCUUUUAUGCACUUCCGAGUGAGCUCGAAAUUACAGAGGAGAAUCAAGAUCAGGAGGACCAGGAAGAUGAGGAUCUGGAUCUGGAGGAGAACCAGGAGGAGGAGGAGGAGGAAGAAGAGGAAGAAAAUGGCAAGGCAAUGGAGAAUGGACGGGACAACAAGGCUGAGCUAGGAAUCAAGAGAUCGCUCUACUGGCUGGUCAAGCGUCUGUCUUUCCUCUCAAGAGGCGCUGCGAUGAAGAAGAACGGCAGCAAGUCUAUCAUCCAACAAACAUGCAUCUUCCAAUGCAUGGCCGCGAUCACGACACAUAUCCCCCCGACAGAGCUGAAGCCCUAUCUGAUCCCGAUCAUUGCGCCUAUCUACCGUAUUGUGAAUGACGAGACGGCAAAGGGAGUGGACAUGGAAGAGCUCAAGAAGCUGGGAGCAGAAGUCUUGGACCUAGUCCAGAAGCGUGCGGGCACGACAGACUACUUUUUUGCCUACAACCAAGUCCGCCAACGUGUGCUCGAUGUUCGUCGUGAGCGCAAGCAGCAGCGGGUGAUGCAGGCGAUGAAUGACCCAGAGGCGCGCGCGCGCCGUCGUAUCCAGAAGAACGAGAUGAAGUCACGUAAGCGACAGCUCAAGACGAAAGAGUUUGCCAAGGACAAAGUCCGUCUCACCACCAUCAAGAAGCGUCGAGUCAAUUAGAGCAC